AUGAUACCAUACACCAGGUUGAAGCAAUGUAACGGGUUGUUUCGUAAAUGCUUUGCAAGCGCAACGGCACCGAAUCAACCCGCGAAAAAAUCAUCGUCAACAGCAACAAACAUUCAUGCCAUUCUUGGUGCUGACAAACCAACGCAACAACAGAAGAUCAGUGAGGAAGGGUCGUACGAUGCACUUUACCAAGAAUGCAUGACGGAAAUAUAUAAACGAAGAGCAGAGGCAGACGGAUAUUCUGAAGAGACACGUGAUUCCCCAGAAAUUCUUGAAUUAACGAGAAAAGAACGAGAAAUCACUAAAGCAAUAUUCAGGAGGGCAGACCCAUUCCAAAAGUUAAUACCCAAACUUGAUCAUAAGGAUGACUAUAUAGACCCAUAUUGGGAUCCUUUCAAGCGUCUAGAUGGAUUGAAAUUACAAGUGGCUGCGGAAUUCAACGAUCUUGCAAGGCUAGUCAGUGCUGCAGAAGUCCGUAAACAACGCAAAAUGAUAAAACAAGCAGAGCAAACGUUCGAAAAGUUUUGUGACCCUUAUGCUAAGGAACAAGACGGUAGUGAGACCACGGAACCACUGCCAAGCGAUCUCAACGAACGGUUCUGGGACCCAGACGUUGAGCGACGCAUUGUAUUGGAGAACAAUAGGAGGCCGUUCUCAUUCAGAGACCUACAUGUGCUCCAUAAUUUUGUAGCUGAAAAUGGCCAAAUAUUGCCGAGGAGGCUUACCUGUGCUACGAGGCAGCAGCAGAGACAAAUAUUUAAAGCUAUACGAGUAGCAAGACAAAUGGCGCUAUUUCCCUACGAAUGGAAACCGCGAUAUCGGGAUAGGAUACCGUUGAUGGAUCCUCAACAGUACUUCGCUGACGAACUUUUCCAUCGGUACAAAACACUGGGCGAUCUACGCGCAAGGGCUAUGCUGCACGUUAUAAUCAAAAAAUUUCCACAUGUAAAUUGCUUCAGGUUUCUCAAAUAUGAAGCACACAGGUUCAAGUCGAAUCUCAAUUUCAAAGAUACACUAAACAAAUAUAAAAGCACAUAG